GUUUACGCGAGCUUUCGAACAAACUCGCCGUCGUUGGGGCACUCGCUCUAUUUAUGCUCUUCGAUAGACUUAAAUAUCUUACGCCGAAUUGCUGAAUCUUAUAUCUCACUAUGGCUAGCCCACCGCCGCCAUUUACGGUCCGCGUCUUACAGAAGGACUUUCUCAGCGACGGCUUGGAGUCCAAGGAUGAGUUUAAUAGCCUUCUCCCUGCCAGCAACCGCUUCAACGAUGACAUCGUCGUUCCUACAUCAGACCCCAACUUCCUAGAGCGGGAAUUAUCGGUUUCGCGCCUCAAUGACGUGCAAGAAUGGCUCUGGGCUUGCGGUCGCCCAAUGCCGCCUCGGCCACUUCAUCACCAACGACUCAUCUCACGGGAGAUCGUUAUCAGCGAGCUCUCUGAGCUGCACAUGAUCUGGUGGAGAAAUCGCAUUUUCCUCAAGCCUAUACCGGCUUAUCUACUUGAUCCCGACUUCUGGGUCAGCAACAUCAGCGACACGGCGCAUCUUGAAGUGACCGAGGGGAACAUUGAUGCCUCGGCACGGGGUUUUCUUUUCUCGUACGCUGCGCUCAUCGCAUACAAAAGUGACUUUCGCAUCGCAAAGGAGCAUGGAUUACUGCCUGAGGAAGUGACAUGGGAGGGCUGGAAGGCAUUGACUGCCCAGGUUCUCGAGAGCCACCGCUACGAUCGUGUCAAUCCGCGCUACUGGUACGGAGAACUGCGAUUGAGUAGACUCAACAAAGUCUACGCGCUUCGAAAAGGAUAUCUACUACGCGGUUACUCCCGAGUCGCGUCGCACACGGUCUAUGGCGAUCUCAUUCGCGACAAUUUCUCGGUGCUGGCUGCUGUUCUCGGUUACGUCGUGAUAGCGCUCACGGCAAUGCAAGUUGGAUUGGGUGUUGAUCGGUUGGUUGAGAAUCAGGCGUUCCAGGAUGUAAGUUACGGAUUGACGGUUUUUACAUUAAUCGUGCCGCUCAUAGGAGCGCUCUUCAUUUUCUUGUUUGUGUUUGUCAUGAUUGUCAGCAAUUGGAGGGUCACCAAGGCGUUUGAGAGUCGGCGCCUGAAGAAGAUGAAGGUAAAACUCUUACGGAAGAAGUAGGCAGACGAACAGGCGAAUCUAAUAUUAUUAUUAUUAAUAAAUUGCAAGAGCAUGCAGAAACUUCCUGGAUGAUAUACGGCUGGCAAAAAGAGAAACUACCCUCUGUUGAGACAAAAGGUUUGAUUGUCUCUAACCUCUCAUAUCAAGUUUCCAUUUAUCUCCUGAAAGAUUGCUUGUUAUGGGAUGCC